AUGGCGGCCCUUCACCUCUCAUGUGCAUGUCGCAUUGCACUUAUGCGCCGGAUCUCUGGCACCAAGUGGGGGGCGGAUCGAGACCUUCUCUAUAAGUUCUAUAUAGCUAUGGUUUGCAGCAAGCUCACUUAUGCGAGUGAGGUGUACGGCUCGGCUUCUUCCUCCUCUCUUCAUCGUUCAGACAUUCUCCAGAAUUUAGCCAUCUGUAAUAUGCUGGGGGCAUUUCCCUCCACCCCUAUCGCAGCCUUGGAGGCAGAGUCGGGGAUAGUCCCUCUCUUGUCGGUGAGCUCUUCCGCCAUUCACCAGGCUCUGGCUUUUGUCCUAGAUCACAUUCCCCCACAACCAUUGGUUCUCUUCUCAGAUUCCCAAUCUUCCCUGGCACUUUUGUGCUCUGCCCGUCCACGAUCACUGCGCGUCCUCGUUUGUCGGACACAAUCUCUCCUCCUGCGCUUCUUGCGGAGCCCAGGUUGGAGCAUCUACCUUCAGUGGGUUCCCGCCCAUGUUGGAAUCUGGGGUAAUGAAGUGGCAGAUCGGGCGGCCUCCCUCGCGCACACACUUCCUACUGUUACCCCUCUUGCCCUGGGCCACAGUGAUUUCACAAGGGCUGUUUGGAAGGGAAUCCGUCAUCAGUGGCAAGAGGGCCUUGCACAUUCUCUCUCUUCUUCGGCAUUGGGCUCUGUCCGAACUUUUAAUGGCCCCUGCCCUUGGGCUCGCCAUCCCAACCGCUCGGUGGACGUUGCACUGACUCGCCUUCGAGUCGGGCACUCGCGAUUGGCGGUUCAUCUAUAUCGCCUUCGGAUGACGGACUCUCUGUACUGCCCGCGGUGCCCCUUACAGCCUGAGACAGUGGAACACUUCCUGCUAUGGUGCCGACGUUAUCACUCUGCACGGACUACUCUCCGUCCGGCCUUGCGCACACUUGGGGUACACACUUUCACUCUACCUGUCCUCCUCAACGGGAAGGGGUUUCGCCCUCUGGACCAUCAGGAGAUAUUGGCCUGUACCUGCUCCUUCCUGCUGGCUUCAGGGCGUAUCAGAGACAUAUGAUACAUAGUUAUUAGUCAAGACAUUCUUCCACU